CGAGCAAGGUCCUAUUUCAACUGGGUUUCACCUGUGCCGCACCUGUCAAUCUUAAUUGAAUAUAAUUAUUUACUGCCUUGAAGAGAAUACUCUUCCUCAAACUGUGUUGAGUUGUGAAUAGCAAUGGUUUUGAGGGAUAUAUAUUUCCUGACUAGUGAAUGUGGAAAACAAAUGUUUGAAUUCGUAUUUCACGAGUAGAUACUUCUACAUAUACAGUGUGCAGGUUGACAUUCUGCCGGAAUAGUAAAAGUCCCUAUCGUAGCGAAAAUGAGUCGAAAAAAUGAAACUGAGCGCCAGAAGCAGAUUCAAGAAAAAUGCCAGAUGCUGUUGACGAAAAUGCUGCGCGAUGAUGACAAUAAGUAUUGCGUGGACUGCGACGCGAAAGGACCUCGUUGGGCCUCUUGGAAUUUGGGAAUUUUCCUCUGCAUACGAUGCGCUGGGAUACAUCGAAAUCUUGGGGUGCACAUUUCGAGGGUCAAAUCCGUCAACCUAGAUAGUUGGACGCCGGAGCAAGUGGUGUCCUUAGAACAAAUGGGCAACUCGCGGGCUAGAGCCGUAUACGAGGCAAUGGUCCCGGAUGGAUUUCGUCGUCCACAGACUGAUUCCGCGCUGGAAAGUUUUAUUCGAGCGAAAUAUGAACACAAGAAAUAUCAAGCUCGUGAGUGGGUUCCACCUCCGCCACCCAAGGUGGACUGGGACAAGGAGAUUGACGAAGAAAUCGAGCGUCAGAAGCGAAAGAAAAAGGCGGCAUCCGGUGGAGGAACAAUUUCGAUUGGAACGCCUGCCGCUGCUAUAAACUCUGGUUACACAGAUAAAAAGACUGGAUCUGGCUCGAGUUCGAGCGCGGCUGCAGUUCCUCUGCCGAAGCUCAAGGCACCGACCAGUAGCACUAAGACUUCUAAUAGAAAUUCGACUGAACCGUCUGCGGUGUCUGCGGCACCUACUAAUAGCAGCAGUAUUGGGUCGGGGACUUCAGAUUUGUUGGGGUUAUCUCUGGGGGUAGACACAAUGCCAACUAAAACAAACGGAGAGGGAGGACAUUCGCUAGACAUUCUGUCCAGUGGGACAGAGUUGCCGAGUGAGAAAAUAGCCGGUGCUAGUGAUCAAUCCAGUUUAGCUAAAGAAGAGGCGGACUUCUUCAAUCAAGCUCCUGGUAAAACAAAUGAAGGGCAAGGAAAGCUUACGAAGGAUAAAAUUUUGGCGCUGUAUGGUUCAGCGCCUGUACCGGUAGCAAACAAUAGCUUCAAUGCCAAUAUCGGUGGCUUUGGCAGUUUCAAUAGCUAUCAGCCUCCCAUGUAUCCUCCGACAGCAAGCGCAACGACUGCGGCAUAUCAGAUGAACAACGGCCAAUCCGCUGCUGGUGCAUUCGGUGCUUUCCAGGCAUUUCCGGCUAAUGGUCAAUUUAUGGGGCCAGUAGCAGCAUCGGCCAAUUCUCAAGCGCCCGCUCUACUUUACAACAAUGGUGCGUUCCAAACACCACCUCAGCCCCAAAACGCCUUCGGUGCGAUCCAGUUCCCGAACCUUCUCCCAAACCAACAACAACAACAGUUCGUGGCAGGAGCAACGACGAUCACUAGCUUUGCAAAUUUUCCCCCGCAGCCUCAGACACAACCCGAAAAGUUAAGCAAUCAAUUUGGUAAUAUGAACAUUAGAGACGUGUGGCAAUAAUUUUAUUUCUAAGGUGUUCGUCUACUGACUAUAUCAUUAUUACUUAUACUAAACCAACACAUAGAUAUACUCCUUAAAAGCGUACUAGUGAAAUGAAUCAAACGGGAACCAUCUUUUACUUAGCCGAGGAAAAACCGACCCUAUCUUGAUUGUGGGGGCAAAAAAGGGGAUAUAUUUACUUAUAUAUUUUCUUACUUAAAAUGAUGCAUGUAAGGGAGGCGACAGAAACACACAGGAAAUAAACCAUAACGAACCUAUAGACUUAAACUUAACGGAUGAACAUAGCUAGAUCAUAAAUAUUGUAUAGGAAGAUAAGCGGUAAUUGUGAAGGAACAAACAUGCGGCUAAAUGUUCACAAAACACAUCUGUAUUUUUUUUAUUCGUAUCAUAUAGAAAUCGAGUCAACAUACGUUCCAUGGUUCAAUUUUGUGCCGUUCGUUUUUCCUCUUGUCAAAAACAAAAUUGUUUUCCGACCAUACUUUGAAUGGGUUCGUUUGCUAGGCGCGACUUUGAUUGGAGUAUCACAUUGUUGGUAAAAUGCGGGAUUACGCAUUCAACGUUCCGCUUUCCGCUCCCCCAGAAUAAACACAGACGCAAUAGGUAUUCAACUGAUUUUGGUAUAUAUAUAGCUAAAAGGAGGAAGCAAGGAGAUACGGAAUAAUUUGAACGUUUAUAGAUAAAAUAAGAUUCAAUUCUGAUUUAAGAAAUUCGUUAUGAUGAAGAGUUUAUAUUAAUGAAUGAAUGUAACUACAAAGAUAACAUAAAAGUGGUGUAAAAAAUGAAUAAAAUGAAUGGUAAAUAAAUAGGAUUGAACUGUAAAAUGUAUAUUUCGUUCCAUAUGUAAAAUAUUCGACCUCUUUCGAGAAAAACAGACACAUGCAAUGAUUUAU